CUCCCCGCCCGCCGGCCCGGUCCCGACUCCCCGCGCGCCCGCCCGCCGCCCGCCCGCCCGCCCGCCCAUGGCGGGGAAGGUGCUGUCCCUGCUGCCGCCGCUGCUGCUGGCCGCCGUGGGCCUCGCCGGCCUCCUGCUGCUCUGCCUCCCCACGCGCGACGUCCGGGAACCGCCGGCUCUCAAGUAUGGCAUCGUCCUGGAUGCUGGCUCCUCGCACACGUCCAUGUUUAUCUACAAGUGGCCAGCUGACAAGGAGAACGACACCGGCAUCGUGGGCCAGCACAGCUCCUGUGAUGUUCAGGGUGGGGGCAUCUCCAGCUAUGCAGAUCACCCUGCGGGGGCUGGCCAGAGUCUGGUUGAAUGCCUGGAACAGGCGCUCAGGGAUGUGCCCAAAGACCAACAUACCAGAACGCCACUCUACCUGGGAGCCACAGCAGGCAUGAGGCUGCUCAGCCUCACCAGCCCAGAGGCCUCUGCCCGUGUGCUUGAGGCAGUGACGCAGACACUGACCCAGUACCCCUUUGACUUCCGUGGUGCGCGCAUCCUCUCUGGCCAGGAUGAGGGUGUGUUUGGCUGGGUGACUGCCAACUACCUGCUGGAGAACUUCAUUAAGUAUGGCUGGGUGGGCCGGUGGGUCCGGCCAAGGAGGGGGACAACGGGGGCCAUGGACCUAGGAGGCGCCUCCACGCAAAUCACCUUCGAGACGGCCAGCCCAGCCGAGGAUCCCGCCAGUGAAGUCCACCUGCGGCUCUACGGCCAGAAAUACCGAGUCUACACGCACAGCUUCCUGUGCUAUGGCCGAGACCAGGUCCUCCAGAGGCUGCUGGCCAGCGCCCUGCAGACCCACCGCUUCCACCCCUGCUGGCCAAGAGGCUACUCCUCCGAAGUGGUGCUUGGGGAGGUCUACCGUUCGCCGUGCACGGCCGGCCAGUGGCCCCCGAGCUUCAACAGCAGCACCAGGGUCAGCCUGCCCGGGACCGGCGACCCCACCCUCUGCCGUGGCCUUGUCUCUGGGCUCUUCAACUUCUCCUCCUGCCCUUUCUCCCGGUGUUCCUUCAAUGGGGUCUUCCAGCCCCCUGUGGCUGGGAGCUUCAUGGCCUUCUCUGCUUUCUACUAUACCGUGGACUUCCUGCAGACAGUGAUGGGGCUGCCAGUCGCCACUCUGCAGCAACUGGAGGCGGCCACCAUCACCGUCUGCAACCAGACCUGGGCCGAGCUGCAGGCCCGCGCGCCCGGCCAGCAGGCCCACCUGGCCAGCUACUGCGCCUCGGCUAUGUUCGUGCAGCAGCUGCUGAGCCGCGGCUACGGCUUUGACGAGCGCACCUUUGGAGGCGUGGCCUUCCAGAAGAAGGCCGGGGACACGGCGGUCGGCUGGGCGCUGGGAUACAUGCUGAACUUGACCAACCUGAUUCCCGCCGACCCGCCCGGGCUGCGCAAGGGCACGGACUUCAGCUCCUGGGUGGCUCUGCUCCUGCUCUUCGCCGCGCUGCUCCUGGCCGCGCUGCUCCUGGUGUUUCGCCAGCUGCGCUCGGGCAAGUCCACCAGCGCCAUCUAGGGACUCGAGGGUGGCUGCCCCGCCUGCCGACGGGAGGGGGGGGGGCGGGGAGCCGGGUCCGGCCUCGUGCAUUCCCCCCUGGGCCCCCGCGCUCCGUACUCGGCCCCAAUGGGCACCCCUUGGCCCCCAUGCUCCCCUUGCCGCCCACCCCACCUCAGCCCCUGAAGCCCUUCCAGCCUGGGGAUCUCUUCAGUGCCUCCUACCCCUCCCCUCUUCCUUGGGGUGGCAAGUCCCUCAGUCUGACUCAGGGAGUGAGGGCCCUUGGAAGGGUCUGGGCCUGUGUUGGGGUGUCUGCUCCUACUUGUAAAGAUUUUGUAAUAAAAGUUUUUUCCCUAGAGCAGAAGUGUC